AUUGGCGACUAGAUUUCAAUCUGCGCCAAGAAAAAUUACUUUGAAUUCUAAGCAAUAUGUACAUAUAUUACGUAUACUUUAAUAUUUUAUAGACUAGUAUUUUGACUUGGGGAUUGGAAAGGCGGCCAGCAAUAUUGACCGUCUAUCGUAUCUCCAACCUCCAAAUGUAUACAUAAUGCUGCUCUGAUUAACUCCACACACUGUCCAUUGAAGCAAUAACAAAGCUCCAAAGCAAUCAAAAUAAUAUAAUCUCUCUCUUUCAAUGUCACUCGCUUAUGGACAUACUUUCAAGCUUCUCUCCCAGCAAAAGAGGGAGACUAGGAGUCCCUCAGGAAAUUAUUUGCAUCCCAAGACACCCUCGAAAAGAAGAGUCCAACAAUUGGAUUUGGUUGGGUUAGGGGAUGGAUCAAUUACCAGAAUCAAAGAAAUGCUACACAAAGUGGAUCUAUCUGUUUCACCGUAUGAUACUGCAUGGGUUGCCAUGGUCCCUGCUGGAGAUUCCCCACGUUUCCCAGGAUCCUUACAAUGGAUUUUGGAGAAUCAAAAUCCUGAUGGCUCAUGGGCUUCUCACUCAACCGAUCCCUUGCUCAUCAAAGACUCUCUGUCUUCCACAUUAGCAUGCAUACUUGCUCUUCGAAGAUGGGACGUCGGCCAAACACUCGUUUGCAAAGGCCUAGACUUUAUCGGCUCCUAUCAAUGGGCCGCCACGGACAGGAAUCAGCGUUCUCCAAUCGGCUUCGAUAUCAUAUAUCCUGGCAUGAUCGACCAAGCGAGGCGUAUGGGCUUGACUCUUCCCAUUAACCCGUCUUCGCUCGAUGCAAUGCUUAACAAGCGAGACUUGGAGGUCCAGAGUGCUUUGACAAGUGGUUUGGAGGGAAAGAAGAAGUAUCUUGCAUAUGUUGCGGAGGGUUUGCCUAAACAUGAUGACUGGAAUAAUAUAAUGAAGUAUCAGAGAAACAAUGGAUCUUUGUUUAAUUCCCCAUCUACCACUGCUUCUGCUUUGCUUCACCUGAAUGAUGAUAAAUGCUUCACGUACUUGGUCUCCCUUCUUAAAGUAUACCAAAACACAGUUCCAACCAUCUAUCCUUUAAAUAUAUAUACUCGCCUUUGUACCAUUGAUAAUCUCGAAAGACUGGGGAUUGAUCAAUAUUUCAGAUCCGAGAUUGAAACAAUUCUAGAUGAAAUCUACAGAUGCUGGCUUCAAGGAGAUGAUGAAAUAUUCUCAGACAUUAAUUGUCUUGCUAUCGGAUUUAGACUCCUAAGGAUGAAUGGAUAUAGAGUUUCCUCUGAAGCAUUAACAGGACUUGAUGACCAACAGCAGUACUUGGAUUCUGUCAGCGAACAAGACAAAGAUAUAAACACAAUUCUCGAGUUGUACAAAGCUUCCCAGAUGGCAAUACUCCCAAGUGAACCCAUUUUGGAGAAAAUAAAUGCUUGGACAACCUCCUUUCUCAGACUGGCAUUAGUAAAUGGGGCUUGUGCCCAAAAAAAAUUGUACAAAGAGGUCGAGUAUGCUCUUAAGUAUCCUCAUGCCAGUUUGGAACGGCUUGAGAACAGGAAAAGUAUAGAGUUGCUUGAAGUAGACAACACCCGACUUCUCAAAACAUCUUACAGGUGCUUUAACAUGGACAACAAACAUUUGCUGGAACUGUCACUGAAAGAUUUUAAUGCCUGCCAAUACAUACACCAAAAAGAAUUGAAAAUCUUGGAAAGAUGGGUCAAAGAAUACAGAAUGGAUGAGCUUAAGUUUGCAAGGCAGAAGAUAGCCUAUGGGUUUUUUGCUGCUGCUGCUGUGCUAUUCUCUCCUGAGCAUUCCGACGCCCGAAUCGCAUGGGCUAAAUUCACUGUUCUUGUGACUCUCAUCGAUGAUUUAUUUGAUGUCGGUGGCUCCGAAGAAGAGUUGCUAAACAUGAUUGCAUUGGUCAAAAAGUGGGACAGACAUUCAGAAGUAGGGUUCUGCUCCGAACAAAUUGAGAUAAUUUUCUCUGCAGUUUAUGAUACAACCAAUGAGUUUGCAGUGAAAGCGGGCAUAGAGCAAGGAAGAAGCGUCAAAGAUCAUUUAAUUGAGAUAUGGCUGAUAUUGCUGGAUUGCAUGUGGAGAGAGUUCGAAUGGACAAGAGGGAAAUCGAUCCCCUCAGUGGAUGACUAUAUGUCAAGUGCAUAUGUGAGCGUUGCCUUAGGACCAGUUGUUCUGGUGCCUCUCUACUUUCUUGGGUGCAAAUUGUCAGAGGAAGCAGUGAAGAGCGAGGAAUACGACAAACUGUUUAUGCAUAUGAGCGUUAUUUCACGGCUCUUGAAUGAUCUCACAACAGUCAAGAGAGAAAGUGAACAAGGAAAACUGAACAGCUUGGCAUUGCGUGUGAUUCAUGGGGGAGGUAGCAUCUCAGAGGAAGAGGCUAUAAGAGAAACGAAGAAAGAAAUUGAGAGUCAUAGGAGAGAAUUGCUGCGAAUGGUAGUGCAGACUGAGGGAAGUGUGGUUCCCAAAAUUUGCAAAGACUUGUUCUGGAAAACAAGCAAGAUUGUUCACCUUUUUUACAUGGGAAAAGAUGGCUACUCGUCUCCACAUGAGAUGAUGAAUGCUAUAAAUACUGUCAUCCACAAACCGAUACUGCUACCUCAAUACUAGUUCCAUUUCGUAAAAACUUCCACUUUCACUCUCGAUUCCUAGCUAAGGACAAGCAUAAAAUACGCAGUUGAUUCUUUAAAUUUUUUUUUUUUUUAAAUUCCGCCACCAAAAUCAACAUCUUGUUCCUAUAUGUAUAUGGUUAAAGAAACACAAAGCUUCAAUAUUUGAAGCGGGAAUAGGAAGAAAGAUAUAAUGAGAUUGGGGCGAGUGAGAGGAUCGAUGCUUGUUAUUGGGUCAAGGAAGAACCUUUUUCCCCCCUUAAAUAUUGAAAAAAAAGGAAAAUCUACAUUAAGGUGUCUUGAUA